AGCAAUCGCUCCCACUUAUCUUAGACCUCAUAAAAGAAUACGGGACGUUGUCCUACUAUUCCCUUAAUGCCAGCAAGACACAAGCACUGGGAGUGCGGCUUAGCCAACAAACACUCACAGCACUUAAAAAAGACCACAAUUUUGAAUGGAGGACAGACACGAUAAAAUACUUAGGUCUGACCUUCACAAAAAACCCUACAGAAACCUUCCCUGCCAACUAUGUCAGAGUGUGGGGAGACUGCCGCCAACUAAUGAAAAAAUGGAGCACCCUGUUUCUGACAUGGACAGAGAGAGUAGCAACCGUUAAGAUGUUCAUACUCCCGAGGCUUCAAUACCUGUUCAGAAACUUACCAAUUCAAGUACCUAUGUCCUACCUUAGAGACACACAAAAAGACGUUAAUAGAUUUGUGUGGGGGGGCCAAAAAGCUCGAGUGCAGAGAAUACUUCUACAAACACCGGUGAGACAGGGUGGCCUUGCCUUACCAGACAUCAAGACAUACUACCAAGCAGCGCUAUUAGCAACAACCCUUCCCCACUUCACAAACACGGCUUUACCGCAAUGGGUGCUAAUGGAAAAACAGGCCAUAAAACCCUUUGAUGUACCCACCAUAAUGUGGCUCCCUAAAAAAUUUCGACCAGAUACUCCACAGAUGCCAACGCAGCUAAAAAUAGCAGUCAGGGCUUGGGACAAGCUUAGACAUAAACUGGUAACACCUACCCCUCUAUCGCCAGCCACCCCGCUCAACACAAUCACAUACUGCAUCCCAACCUUCAACGCCAAGCCAUGGAUAGCUAAAGGGGUCACAUAUUUGCACCAAAUACUUGCGCAUAACAAACUAAAAACCUUCCCAACUCUCCAAAAGGAAUUCCACAUACCAGAGGCCUCCCAAUUCUCUUAUAUACAGUUAAGCUCAUUCAUACGUAAACACGCAGGGCAGUCCUCUGCCCCAGAUGACAACCCCCUCG